CCUGAUUCUUAUUCCACUCCAUCCCUCAUGCAUCAAAACACAUUUACUCAUCUCCACCACUCUCCACCUCUUUUUUUUCCCCUCCCUCCCAGCGCGGAGCCCGGUGCGCAUGCGCGGCCUGGGUGGAAAAACCACAUGCGUCUCCCCGCUCCGCUCUCUCCAGAGCCGAGGCGGAGAGAUGCGCACACCGAGGACGCCGCAGCACAGAAAUGCGCACAGCUCCCCGAGCCGGACCCGGCGGCAGCUUCGCCUCCUCCACAGCCCCGACCCGCCUCUCAGCGCCAUGGGUUAGAAGGGAGCAUGGCAAACUUUGACACACUUUGCACGUCACGGGAGAUGAAACCCUGCGUUGUCUGGAGAGCUGCGCCGGCGAGCGGCUGAAUCGAAAGCACAAUAACACAGAGACUUGGACAGAGCCGCUGGUGCGUGUGGUUGUGGACGGUGCUGGUGCUGGUGGUGGUGCUGGCGUGGCGGGGAGGGGGACCUGAUUACCAGUCAUCAUUUCUACCCCGGCUCCUCUCCCACUCCGCCUUUGAGAGAUGAUCACGGAGCUGGUGUGCACCGCCGUGGCUGUGGGUCUCUAUCUGAACACGCUGGACGCAGAUUUCUGCUACGAUGACAGCCGAGCCAUCAAGACCAACCAGGACCUCCUCCCUGAGACUCCGUGGUCCAACAUCCUGUAUGACGACUUCUGGGGCACCCUGCUCACCCACAGCGGCAGCCACAAGUCCUUCCGCCCGCUCUGCACCCUCUCCUUCCGCCUCAACUACACCCUGCACGGCCUGCGUCCCUGGGGCUACCACCUGCUGAACCUGGUUCUCCACGGCCUCGUCACCGCCCUCUUCACCGCCUUCAGCCGCACGCUCCUCGGCGGUGGGCUGUGGAGCCUUCUGGCCGGCCUUCUUUUCGCCUCUCACCCGGUUCACACCGAGGCAGUCGCUGGCGUGGUCGGGAGGGCGGACGUCGGCGCGGCGAUGUUUUUUCUGCUGUCUCUUCUCUGCUACAUGAGGCACUGUGGACUUCGUAGGGACCCUCAAGGGAGCUUUCAGAGCAGCUCGGCCGUCUGCUGCUGGGCCUGGAUGCUGGGCAGCCUGUGGUGUGCGGCAGCCAGCAUGCUGUGGAAGGAGCAGGGGGUGACGGUGCUGGCCGUGUCGGCCGUGUACGACCUCUUCGUGUUCCAGAGACUCCGGUUUCGCCAGGUGCUCCUCAGCCUGUUAGGAAAGAAGAAGAACGCCGGUGUUUUGCUGAGUCUCGGCGUGCUGGCUUCCUGGGGAGUGUUUCUGCUGUCAGCUCGCCUCUACUGGAUGGGCAAUAAGCCUCCCAAUUUCUCCAACUCUGACAACCCCGCAGCUGACUCGCCGCAUUUGCUCACACGGACGCUGACAUUCCUCCACCUGCCCGCCGCCAACGCCUGGCUGCUGCUCUGCCCCGACAGGCUCAGUUUCGACUGGUCCAUGGACGCCGUGCCCUUGGUCAGGUCCCUGGCCGACUGGAGGAACCUUCACACCGUUGCCUUUUAUGGUGGAUUUAUCCUCCUGGCUUUGUUUGGCCUUCGCGGUCCCACCUGCAAAGCCAAGGAGACCAAUGGGAAAGCUCAUAUCACUAAUGGGAAAUCAAUCACUAACGGGAAUGGUUACCAUGCCCCUGACACAAACCAUAACACAGACCAGGGGCCGCCAAAGACCACCCUGAAUGGCUCAGGUGGACUCCACCAAUGCCCUCCACAGACGUCCCUGCCCCCCACAGAAAACCUAGUACUGUUAUCAUUAGGCAUCAUGUCGCUGCCUUUCAUCCCGGCCACUAACCUGUUCUUCUAUGUAGGUUUUGUAAUAGCAGAGAGGGUUCUAUACAUCCCCAGUAUAGGCUUCUGUUUACUGGUCGCGACCGGUGCAAGAACCUUGUAUGUCAGACUGAGGACUAAAGGCUGUAAGGCCUUGCUGUUGUGUCUCUGUGCGGGACUAGUGCUGCUGAACGGGCUCAGAACCGUUCAGAGGAACAGGGACUGGAGCAACGAGGAGAAUCUCUACAAGUCGGGGAUCAGUGUGAAUCCUGCUAAAGCCUGGGGAAACUUGGGGAACGUACUGAAGAACCAGGGCAAAAUGGCGGAGGCGGAGAGGGCGUACAGAAACGCUCUGCACCACCGAGGGAACAUGGCUGACAUGCUGUAUAACCUUGGCUUGCUGCUGCAGGAGAACGAGCGGUUCACUGAAGCGCUGCAUUAUUACAAACUGGCUAUUGGGAGCCGGCCAACACUGGCAUCGGCAUACUUGAACACAGGAAUCAUCCUGAUGAACCAGGGCAGCCUGGAGGAGGCCAAACGCACCUUCCUGACCUGCGCCGACAUUCCAGACGAGAACCUGAAGGACCCCCACGCCCACAAGAGCUCCGUCACCAGCUGCCUGUACAACCUGGGGAAGCUGCUCCACGAACAGGGCCAGCAGGAGGAGGCCCUGUCUAUAUAUAAGGAGGCGGUACAGAAAAUGCCGCGACAGUUUGCACCACACAGCCUUUUCAACAUGAUGGGAGAGGCCUACAUGAGGCUGAACCGACUGGAGGAAGCAGGCCACUGGUACAGAGAGUCCCUCAGGAGCAAGCCAGACCACAUCCCUGCCCACCUCACUUAUGGAAAACUCCUGUCCAUCAUCGGGCAGAAGACAGAAGCAGAGAAGUAUUAUCUCAGAGCCAUUCAACUGGACCCGAUGAAAGGAAACUGCUACAUGCACUAUGGUCAGUUUCUUCUGGAGCAGUCUCGUCUCGGCGAGGCGGCGGAGAUGGCGGAGAGAGCUGCAGAGCUGGACAGCUCAGAGUUUGAUGUGGUCUUCAGCGCUGCUCACAUGCUCAGACAGGCCAGUCUGAACGAGGCAGCAGAGAUUCAGUACGAGCGUGCGGCCGGCCUUAGACCAGAUUACCCCGCUGCUCUGAUGAACCUCGGUGCCAUCCUCCACCUGAAUGGGAAGCUCCCUGAAGCCGAGGCCAACUACCUGCGAGCGCUGCAGCUCAAACCUGACGACGCCAUCACCCAGUCCAACCUGCGCAAGCUGUGGAACAUCAUGGAGAGGCAGGGGCUCAGGAUAAGGCAGACGCACAGGAGCGACCUUUGAACUGAGAGAGCUGCUGCACUCUUUAAUGCUGACAUAGCAUACUCCAGAGAAUGAAGCAGGAGAGGACGUGAAAGAGCUGGAGGCUGCAAGCUGUCGCUACGAGACAGGAGAGACGGAUUCUGUAGAGUUGCGGCCUGCGAUGCUUGCGAAAGGCAGUUUGAGACUCGGCAUGUUUUGAAUUUAAAGGUGUUCGGCCUUGAUAAGUCACCAACAGUGCUGCACGGUGGCUGAAAAGACUACGACUAAUGUCACCUUUUAUUAUGAAAUUUUAUAAAGUGAUGCUUAAUGAUGCACUGAAGUCAAAGGAUAACAACAAAGAACAACAAACAACAAAGGUCUGGAAAAUCAGUUGAUUGUUAUUUCAAUAUCAUUAAAAAUGUUGUAAAGCACUUAAUUUGAAUGAGGAUGUAGCUAAAGUAUUUUGAUAAUAAUUCCUGCAGAAUGGGUUUUGAAGUUGUCAGCACUGUUUGUUUGUUCAGGAUGCCAGCUGGUUUGUGUUAAAGGAGAACAUCACCCUAGUCUUAUUAAUCGCCUCAAGUGAUGUCACUUGAGUCAACAUCCAUUGGGACUGAAGUCUGCGCAUUUGAAUAUGAAAGAUUUUGGAGGUCUACAGUUAGAAAAGGAGGGAGCCAGAGUCUACAUUAGCUGCUACUAGCAUAACACAACAGAAUAUUUGCAGGUAAAUUACCUAAAGUGAUGUCAUUUGAGUCAAGUGAUAUCACUUGAGUCAACAUCCAUUUGGAUGGAAAUUUUACAAAGGAAAAAAGAAAUGUGGGUUUGGGGUCAGAAAGAAGUAAGCAAGUGGCUUGAGGCUACUUUAGCCACUACUAGCAUAACCUACCAGAUUUUUGCAGAUAAAUGGCCUCAAACGAUGUCACUUGAGCCAUGUGAUGUAACUGGAGUCAGCAUCUGUUGGGGAGUUAGAAAGAAGUGAACUAGUGGUUUGAGGAUACAUUAGGACACAUUCUACUAGCAUAACACCAGAAUCUGUUUAAACAGCUGGCGGUCGAGUUGCAUUGUGGGUGAUCUCAUCCGAUAAAUUGUCAGCAUCAACUGGGUCUCAAUAAAAAUACAUUUGCAGAUGUGGCGCUUUUAUCUGGCAAAACUGUUGGCGAUCUACUUUCAUGGUGGAUAAUGUAGGCUGAUAAAUUGCCUUAAGUGAUGUCACUUGAUGUACUGUGAUGUACAUCGGCCGCUACUAGCAUAACACACCAGAAACUGUUAUCAGCAGAGCUGCAUUAUGGGUAAUGUAGGCACCAGUCUUUGACAAGAGAGAAGAAUACACAGAAUCUGAAAGGCAUUCCGUGUGGUUCUGCUGCAUUGAUUUUGGUUUUUGUCAAUCAUGAGUCCAACAGUUUGGUAGGAGUGCUAAGCUGAAUUAGUAGCGUACUCAUAAAUAAAAUAUUAAACCCUGAUUCAUUACCCUCAGGGUGCUCUUGCCUUCAACUUUUGCUUUUAAGACAAUAAAUGGAUAACUUUAAAAGCAUGCCAGUGCAAAGACAUCUUCAGGUACCACCCUCUAAUACAGUGCUGUCUUGUAAAUUGCUCUGACAAAUGAAAAAAUAACAGGUCAAAAUAUAGAGUAAUGCAUUGCCAAACACAUUCUGUUGUCUGCGUCACUGAAGAUUGUUUUGCACCUGGUGCAUUUUAAACCCUUGUGACUCUAAACAGAUCAUGAGAAAAACUCCUCAGCGGUGCCAAAGCUUGUCCUGAGUCUCUGCGCCUCUCGUGCCAAGCGAAGAACUGUCCUCACUUAUGUGUUGUGGUCCGUGUGUCAAAUGUGUCACUUUCAUGUGAUCAAACUUAAUUUAUUAAUACAUGUUGUUUUAUGUGAAAAAGCCAAUACUGUGCAGGCACUGUCACAUAAGCCCAACCUCUCUGGGUUGUCCACAUAGGCUACAGUAGGCAACAUGACAACUACAUUCAAAUGUGUUUUUCUGUUUGUUUUUUUUCUGUUUUUUCUUUUUUUUUUCUCUCUGCUCAGGGACAUCAGAUUGUGUUUCCUGUCACAGAAAUGGGGUUUUGUGACACAGAGAGAGCUCCUUAAAAAUGACUUUAGAUGUUUUUUGCUGAUUGUGAUGUUUUGGUUAAAUUAUAGAAGGAACAAAAAAACAUGUAGCUGAAAACGUGUCGUGUUUUGUAAAGAAAAGUGAACCUUUUUUCCAUAAUAAAGAAAAAAAACACGGA